AUGUCCUCAUCCUCCCAAUCGUCCUCGUCUUUACCUGUACAUAACUGUACUCGUCCUUUAUGGGACUUGGAUCUUCAGGAAAAGUUUCUUCUUCCUCGUGCUACUGAGGGAAAAAUGUAUGUGCCACCUGCAGAAUCAGGGAAACUCUGUUCGCUGACUCCACCAUAUAAAAAGGAUUAUCAUAGAACUACAAAAGCCAUCCAAGAUGGAAAAUAUUUUACUGAUCUAAGCAAAGAAUCUGACAGUAUAGAACACCAAUUAAACAGUAAAAACAUUGACACUUUGAUGCGGAAGUUAAGUGAAAAUGAAACCGAAAAUACUAAUCUCAGGAGAAAAAUACUCGAAAGGGAGAAACACGUUAAAGAGCUUUCAUCCAGGCUUCAGCUUGAAAAAGUCAAUGUGCAGAAAGAAGACCACCUGUCAGGAUCAAUAAAAGCAUUACAAGUUCACUUGCAAUGUCAGAUCCAAAGAAAAGAAGUGGAAAAGGAUGAACUAAAAGUGAAAAUACAGACUCUAGAAAAGAAAAUAGCAGAGUGGAAGCUUCAAGUUGGUGAAUACAAGCACCAGAUGUUUGCCUUAAGGGAAACAAGUGAGCAAAAGAAGACUGCUCUGAAAAAAGCAAUGAGGUCCCAGAAACAAAGAGCUGAACACUUUGAAGCAGCUGUGGAAAGUUUAACCGCCAGAAUAAGAGAACGUGAAGUCAAGCUAUCUGAGAUACUAUCAGCUUCCGAUGGCUGGAAAAGCCAGCAUGAUCGAAUGGUUGAAGGAAAGAUAAUGUUAGAAAGUCAAACAGAAAGUCUUAAUAAGCAGAUCACAAGCCUUUUGGAAGACCUGAAAAGAAAGGAGGAAUGGAGAAGAAACUCAGAUGAGGAAAUUCUUGGAAAGCUAAAUUCUGUUAACUCUGAAAAUGAAAAGAUUAACCUUGAAAAUGAAAAAUUAAAGGCUGCCCUUGCUACAUUGGAAAACAAUACUGUUUCUGUUGAAAAUGAGCUGCUCAAUCUGCAAGAAAAGACAAAGCUGCAGGAAAACCUUGUUGAACAGUAUAAAAAUCAGGUUCAAAAAUUACAAACAGCAGUAGAAGAAUUAAAAUCCCGAUAUGAAACAGUCUUAAAUGAAAAUAAAAGGAUAACAGAAAACAAAUGCUUAGAAGUAGAUAAGGUGAGGGGCAAAACAGAGGCUGUAUUAAAGGAGUUAGAACAUGUUUGUGACUUGCUGAAAGCAGCUGAGGAAAAGCAGUAAGGAUAUCAGGAAAAGCUUAUAUCCUGGGAAAGGAUCUAUGCGCAGAAAUGCAAAACCCUUAGGGAGCUGCAGGUUCAGGAGGAAGACAGUGUGACUUCAAUGGGCAGUCAUUCCUUAGAUGAAGAAAGCUGUAACAUUCAGAAGAAAUACGAAGAUCUUAAAAGGCAAUUAGAAAAGAUGGAAUUUCAAAAUGAAGAACUUGCUUGUCAGCUCAAAAAAGAAGAUGAGAGUCUUCAGUCCAGUAAAUUGCGGCUUGAAGAAAAAAUCGCAGAAUAUAAUGGAUUAACUAGACAACUGGAAUCUGCUUUGGAAGAAGGAAGAAAAAUGGUAGCUGAAGAACUGGAAAAAGUGUCAUAUAAAGAAAAAGCCCUUCAGACAAAAAUGCUACUUCUUGAAACUGAAGUGAGAGAAGGACAAGAAGAGAAAAAACAACUCCUCUGCAUAUUUCACCAUAAUGAAAAACACCAUGAAGUACAUUUGAAAGAGCUGGAGAACAGCCUACAGAAGUCAGAGAACAGGAACCAGAGCAUCCAGAAUUAUGUGCAGUUUUUGAAAGCUUCAUACAUAACAAUGUUUGGCUGA